AUGAUAAAAAAUCCUAAAAGCGAAGGCGAUUUUAGGCUUUAAUAAUAUUCAGCCUCAAAUAGUUGCACAACAAUUCCAGAUAGGAUUAAUUAACCAAAUAUUCAAGAAUCAAUUCCUGAAGAAAGUUAUCCAUAAGCUUAACCUUAAGAAAUUACUUAUACUUUUUAUAAUGUUAGACAAAUACUGUAGAAAGAAUUUGGUUUAAAUAUUGAAUUACCUUAUUAAUAAUUAUUUACUUAAUAGGAAUUUGAUCUAUUGUUAGAAAAAUAUAAACCAAAUUAGCCAAUACAAAAAGUAGAUGAAAAUAUUGGAAAUUAAGAUUAGUAAUUAAUGGAUUUGUUUAUGGAUAGAUUAAAAAAAAAGUUUUAUUUUGAUGCUUAAGAUAUUAUAAAUAUUGAAUUCUCAGAUGAUGAUCCUAUGAAGGUUUAUAUAGAUAUAUUCAAAUACUUAGCAAAACACAAAGAUAAAUAGUAUAAUAGAAGCAGUAUAAAUUGUGAUUUUCGUUUAUUAAUUGAAUAGAAAGAAUAAUCAAAAGAAUAGAGCGAGAGUUUUUAAAUGUGGCAUAGAAAAAUUUAUAAUAAUAAAUAUAGAAGAAAUUAAUUGAAAUAAAAUGGAUUUAAUCCUGUUUAUGAUCAUCAUGAGAAAUUAGUAGAACCUUAAGUUAUUAAUUAAUAAAGGUCUUCAAAUUAUCUUAGAAAUGUGGCUAUUUUGAUAUGUACUUUUUCUUUCACAAAAAUAACUGAUCUUGCAAAAUUAGAUCCAGAUAUUGUUCCUAUAUUAAGAGUUGCUAUCAAUAUUUAAUCUGAUAUUAUUAAAGAUAGAUCUGAUUGUAAUAAUUUUUACUCUAGUGAUAAUAACUUAAGUUAAAUUAAUUAAAUUAGUUCCUAAAAUUAUGAAAAGUAAUAAUAUUAAUUAUAUUAUUAUAGAAUUAAUAAACCUGGUAAUUUUGCUAAGAGUUAUACAAGUCAAAUUUCAAAUAUUUUAGAAACACCUUUGAGAUAAGCAUUUUAUAAAUAAAAUUUCUAAUAAAUUUAAUAAAUGUGCAAAGAUAUUAAACAUGAUAAUCCUUAUAUGUAACUUAUAUUAAACUUUUUUGGAAUGGAUGAUAAACAAUUUUAGGUAUAUUAUGUAAUUAAAAUUUAGGAUUAUUUAUUAAAAGAUGAUAAUAGACUUCAUUUUGAGGAUCGAAUAGUAUUAACUUUAUUAUAUUGUGAUGAUAAUAGAUUAAAUGAAUUUUUCUAAAAGAAAAAACCACUUGAUUAAAUGAUUAAUUAUGGUGCUCUUGAUAAAAAAUCUGUUGAGUGUUUAAAAUUGUAUUUAGAAGAAACUAAAGAUAUUUAAUUAGUUGGUAUAUUAUCAGCUCAUCUAUAUUUACUUGAGAAUAAAGAUAUUUAAUUAUUGACUUGGUUUUAAGAAUAUCGAAAUUUCUUGAAUUCUAAAUAACUUUAUAAAGAGAGAAUGAUUAUAGAAAAUCAAAUUAAAGAAUUCUAAAAUAAGAACUCACAAAUUGAAGAUUUGCUAUUGAGCAAAUAAUAAUAAAUAGUUUAAUAUUGUUAAUGUAAUUCUAUAGCAAAUCCUGAAUGUUUAUCAUGUUUAACAUUAUAUCCAAAAUGUUCAAUCUGUUAUAAUCCUAUAUAAAAUUAAUUCUAUGUUGUUUGUUUAAUAUGUAGACACGGAGGACAUGAAAAACAUAUAUAAGAAUGGUUCAAUAUUUAUGAUUAAUGUCCAUAUAAAAAAUGUUAAUGUUAUUGCAAAUAUGAAUGA